AUGACUGCCUGUAACUUGCUGACACUUCGUGACUUCACUCGGGUUACUGAUUACCACUUGGCCGGAGCUUGCAAUAAAGUCCAGGGAAGAAUUCGGCGAAUGGCUGAUCGUGGAUUGGUGUGGAAGGAGCGACUUUGCCCCGACCGUGGAAGUCACGUUAAAGUCGCGAAGCAGGCGAAUGUGAACAGCCUUCAUAAGGGCUAA